AUGACUAAAAGAAAAGCACGUCCCAGGCGGAGCUCGCGGAAGAUUGUUGAGGACGAGGACGAUGACGAUGAUGAGGGGGGUCUAAGCUCUGACAACGUUUCAAUAAGUCAUGUUUCCAUCACCGAGAGAGGUUCUCUCUCCAAGGCGCCAGCGUACCCCUCGGAUGAUGAUAACGACGAUGAAGAGGAGGAGAGCGAUCAAGACGACGACCCAAAAGUUGCACGUCGGUCUACUGGCAGGAACGCGCCUGCAAAGAAGCCUAAGGUCUCCAAGUCUGUCUCCAAAAAGAAGACCCCUACAAUACAGCAAGUCUUCGAUAUGAUGAUCGACCUAUCCAUCAAGUUAAAAUCGCGCAUCACCUCACUCUGGAACGACAUUAUUCCGAAGGACCUCGACACCAAGACCCAGGUGUCGCGAGCGACCUGUUGUCUCACGGGUAUAGCACUUCGAACAAUGGGCAUCCCCAAGGAGUCUUUGAAGGAAUAUGACGACAGUAUGGAGAGCUUGCGGUACUACCGGGAUGGCAAGACUGCCAUUGAAGCAUUCGUUGCGAGCGGCGAUAUCACGACGUUCCCCCUGGACAGACACAACACACUCUUGGAGAAUUUGGAGUUAACCGGUGACGACGACGAGACUAUUGUGGAAUCUCGGUUGAAGCGCCCUCCGAAAGUUCAACUCAAUACAAAGGCCCUUUUUCAAUCUCUGGUUCCCCGGCUGUCGACACGAUAUCUCACCUUUGUGGGGUCAGACUGCAACCAGAUCAAGCAGGAAAACCUACAAUUUGUCCCUCGAAUGGUGAUGGCCACGUCAACUUUCAGAAGUCCCAUCGUUAUCGACCACAUCUCUGGUGGUUUGACCAAUGCAGACAAUCUAACCAAGAUGGCCGCGGUAAGAUGUCUCUCCGCCUUAGCCAUGAGGUCCUUGCACGACUUCAUGAGGCCUUACUGGGACGGAUUCUGUUCAACACUCUUUGAACUCUUGGAUGACCAGACCACACCUCACCUACUAGUCAAGGAAAUACAACACACGAUGACGCUCAUCCACAGCAUCAUCAGCCCCAGCGACAUGGAUCGGUACCAUCUCGCAAGUUUGGCCUGGAUCGAGUAUGAGGACGUGGCCGAGGAGUCGGCGAAAUACAUGUACUACCAACUGAUUCGACCGGACACAGAGACGCUUCGAGCAGCGAGCCGAGCAACACUCGAUACAUGUUUGGAGGUGGCACCAAUUGGUAUGGACGGGAUGUUAUCGGUUCAUGCCGCCGCCAGGGUUUUGGCUCGGAUGCAAUACGAGACCAUGGGCAAGUUGACCGAAAAAACCGCAACUCUAUACGACAUCGAUACUCAUGCAAGGGUGAUCAAACACGGAAACAUCCCCGGCGUCGACGCUGAGAGAAGUGGCACACGCCAAACGCUGUUCGACAUUCGUAUCGUGGCACUGCAGCACGGCAUGAGAAUGAUCCCGCAGUCGUCCCCGGAAAGGAGCCUUCAGUACUUCGAAAACGUUGCUACAGUCAUGAAGGAAGUUCUUCAGGCACCAACAAUGGACAAGAGGCGUCUGGGAUGCCUAGUGGCAUCUAUCGACGACCUCGCUGUCCAUAAUAACAACAUGCACACUCAAGGCAUGUGCGUCCUACUGGAUCGCUUACAAGGAAUACUCUGUGAUGUCGCGGAUGCGAGCAAGUCAUCCCUCCUACUGGUAAUGCUGUCGCAUCUGGCAGCAGAUCCAAGGGUCUUCUCAGGACGGAAAGAGGUUAUCCGUGGAUAUGAACGACUUUGGUUGCGCGAUGUGAUGUCCAAUAAGUUACAUGGAAGCACCACUUCGCCGGACAAGCUCGCAGGAUCACCAAAUGCUGAGAGUGAUAUUGGCAUACCUACCACUUGCAAAGAUUCGUCUUCUCCUGAGUUGUACCUCACUCCUGGGACUCUACAAGCCAUUAAGGUCUUCUCGAUUUGGUACAGCAGGGUGUAUCCGACUGGUGCACUCUCUGUGGAUGAUUUGAGUGAGUUGGUAGAGGCCACCUUGGAAAUAAGCGUUCGAGCCCAGAGUGCAACUCAAGAGGAUAUCUGUAUCGACGCGCUCAAGUGUUCGCAGUGGUCACUCAAAGCCCUGUCAUACUUAGCAUUUACGACAUCUACGAAGCCGCUACAGCUGAUUGGACCCAUUGUCGCACGUGUUCUGGAUACUGCGCAGAGGUUGAGUUUUGGUGAGAACACUGGCACCUGGGAUAUCAGAAUUUCCGCCCUAUGUCAGUUGGAGGAACUGGCGACAGAAUUCAUCGAACCCCCGAAACGAGAAGACCUCUGCAGGAUCAUGAAGAUCUUUCUCGACCGCUACACCGACCGGACACUCGGCAUCCAGACCGCCAUCCAGGUGAUACCACACCAUCAGCGCCUGGAUCCGCAGUAUGACCGUAUGGUAGAAAGACUCGUCAGGAUAGUAGCCGAUCGAUCGACUCAGCCGCAUGACAUCUUUAUCCCUGCCCUGGAAAAGUCGGGUAUAUCAUCUCUGGAGUCGGCGGCUUGUCUAGCAAGGCUCAUCUGUCGCAUUGGUUCGGUCACCAUCGAGGAUCUUAUCAAGAGACUCUUCAUGGCAGGGAUCGCCAAACUCGGUAUGACUGAUCAGCAUCCCCAGGAGAACGGGCUCUUGUUUUCCAUCGCAUCAAGAUUGCUUGAAUCUUUGGCGCCGGAUUCAAAGAUCGUGAAUACAAUGCUCGAUGCCAUGGCACGUACCCUGGAGAAACUUGGCAAGAGCCCCAUCCCCGACGAAUAUGUGCAUCUCAUGGAUCUACUGAAGAACAUGUCCACAUCUUCUAGUGCUGAGUCGUCGAAUGCCAAGACAAGUCCUACAGACUCCUAG